AUGAUCAGUAAUGUGUUUUACGAUCACGAUCGAAAUCGUCGUAUUGAAACGCGAGGCGCGGUAAUACGCGUAAUCCAUAAUUUAGAUAAAGGGUGCGAUCCUCCGACCCUUGAAAAUGGCUAUAUAAUAUUGAAAGAUCGUGGGAAUCAAACGGAAGCGGUAUUUUACUGCCAUAUAUACUAUAGGUUGGAAGGAUGCAAAAGCGCCAUGUGUAGGGAUAACAAUGUCUGGGGCGAUUUGCCUAGAUGCGUGUUAGUUUAUGGGAUGGAAGAGCGAAACGUGAAUACAUUUUUCCUGGUCUUAGCCUUGAGCCUCUUCGUAAUGUAUUUAUCCAACGCUUACGUUUGGUAUAAAGUCGGGAAAGUCCGGGAGCUCGAAAGAACUAAAUUUAUAGAUUUGAAAAAACUGAAGCUCUCGUCACACAAAAAAAGAAUUCUAACGGAGUACCGUAUGAGAAAUGAAUAUGAAUACCUAGGGAAAGAAAAAUAUAAUUGA